AUGGAUGUUGAUACGGUGCUUGCGAUCAUAAUUCAACGUAUCCUAUAUGCAUCAAAAAUAUCAGCUCGAAAUCUUGAGCAAAUAUUAGCAUUUCUUGGUAGCGGGACAGAUACUUUUGUUCAGAACUAGCCAGAUCGAGACGCAGGCUAUGAUGCCAAAUUUAUGGUUACUCUCGAAGAAGCUCUCGCACCACGACAACUUCCGUCAACCGAUUUUGUUUUCACCGAUCGUAUCGAUCCCAAGGAUGCACAAGCAAAAGAAAAGAUGAAAGAUGCACGUCCCAAGCUUAUGCAAUUGAUCACCUCACACCAUUCAGUUAAACCAGCUGUUGUUUCAUCACCACAACGACAAAUUCAAGUUAAUGCUGGUCAAACAUUAACAAUUCAAUGUCAAGCUCGUGGUUCACCAGCACCAUAUAUUAAUUGGCGUCUCAAUUGGGGACAUGUAUGUAAUGAUGGUUCAGAUAAUGGACGAUGUACAAUGGCACAAUCAAUUGAUCCACAUGAUCCAAGUCUUGUUACUGGUACACUUACUGUUCUUAAUGUUCAUACAGCUGAUGGUGGUGCUUAUUCAUGUGAAGCACUUAAUAAUCAAGGUUUUAUUUUUGCUGUUCCCGAUGCAAUUGUCGAUAUUAUUAUUACUGAUCCAAGAGUUUCACCACGACCACCACCAUCACCAUGUAAUUGUCAUAGUCAUUCAACACAAUGUACACCUGAUGGACGAUGUAUUAAUUGUCAACAUAAUACUGUUGGUGAUGAUUGUGGAACGUGUGCUCCAGGUUAUCAAGGUGAUGCUCGUCGAGGCACAGUCUAUGAUUGUGUAUCAGGUAGACCAUCACGAUGUGAUCCAUCAGGUACACAUAUGGAAAGAGGUGGUCGUUGUAUUUGUAAAUACAAUGUUGAAGGUGAUCUAUGUAAUCAAUGUAAACGCAGUCAUUACUAUUUAAAUCCAGUAACACCAAAUGGUUGCUUAGCAUGUUUCUGUUCGGGUGUAUCAACUGAUUGUACUUCUACUGAUUGGCGACGACAAGCUGUUCCUCUUCCAUUAAAUAACUGGAAUGCUGUACCAAAAACUUUUGCUACAGAUCGUUAUGAAGCUGGUAAUAAGAUUCAACAACGUCAAGGUGGACGUGAAAUAGCUCUUGAUCAAAGUUCACUCGGUCGACCAGCUAAUGAUGUUCUUUAUUGGAAAGCACCAAAAGAUAUUCUUGGUAAUGUUGUUACAUUAUAUGAUGGUAAUAUUGAUAUACACUUCGUUAAUGAUGGUGCUGAUGGUCAAACAUCAAGUAAUGAUGAAUUGAUUUGGUUACGUGGUAAUAAUAUUGAUCUUAUUCAUAAACUUCCACAAAGUCAACAAUUUCAAGCUGGUAAAAAUUCUACUUAUUCAGUACCAUGUAACGAGAGAACAUUUACACGUAAAGAUGGUACAUAUAUUGAUCGAGAAAAUAUUCUUAUGGCAUUAUCAGAUUUGGAUACUUUACUUAUUAAAAUAAAUCCCAUUGGUGGUAAACGUAAUGCUGUUUUGAGUGGUGUUACAUUAAACGUUGCUGCUCGAGAUGGUUAUGCUGAUGCUGCAUUAACAGUUGAAUCAUGUCGUUGUCCAGCUAAUUAUACUGGUACAUCAUGUGAAAAAUGUGCCGACGGUUAUGGUCGUCCACAUCCAUUAGUUGGUAUUUAUUUGGGACAAUGUUGGUCUUGUAGAUCAUUAUGUCAUGAUCGAUCAGAUCGAUGUGAUCGAGAAACUGGCAAAUGUUCUGAUUGUCAAGGUAAUAGUGAAGGUGAUCGAUGUGAACGAUGUCAUCCAGGAUAUGUACUUGAUGCAAGAAUAAAUCAAUGUGUACGACAAGAUCAAUAUUCACCAUAUCAACCACAACCACAACCAUAUGUACCUGGUACAAGAGGUUCAUAUUAUAUUGAUCAUCGUCCGUAUGAUGCAUCUGGUACAACUCCAUUAAGUAUUGUAUUAGAUGGUAGUCAACCAGAACAACGUAUUCCACUUCAAGUUCUUAAUACUCAUCCACAAUCAGUUGUAUGGGGUCGUACAGAUGGUAGUCCAUUACCAGCAGGUGUUGUUCAAGAAGGCAAUGAUCUUGUCUUCCGAAAUCCAUCUGCUGAACAAGCUGGCAAUUAUAUUUCUACAAUAACACAUCCAGAUGGUACCAUCGAACGUGUAGCUAUUUAUUUAGAUUAUCGACCAGGUCAACCACAACCAGCAGUUCCUAGUUAUGGUUAUCCUGUAUUUAGUCCAGCAAGUCCAUUGACCAUCAAUGAAGGUACAAGUCAUUUAAUUCAACCUCAAGGUUCAUAUUAUCGAGCUCAAUGGCGUCGAGAUGGUGGUCAAGCACUUCCAUCUGGUGUUUAUCAAAAUGGUAAUGGUUUACAAAUUACUGGUGCACGACCAGAUCAUUCGGGUACUUAUUAUUGUGAAUUAUAUGGACCUGAUGGUACACCAAUUACUGUUCCAUAUGUUAUUCAUGUUCAACAUGAUGGUCGAGCACCUGUAGUUAGUGGUGGUCCACCAAGAAUAAGAAUUGAACCACGAACAAUAAAUUUGAAAGAAGGUCAACGUAUGAUUGUUCGAUAUACCGUUAGCUCACAAGAUCCAAUUGAAGUCAUGUGGAAUAAAUUAACUGAUCAAGGUCAUCAACCAAUUCCAGGAUUAUUUACUGUUGAACAAGAUCGUCUUACACUUCAACGUGCAACACUUGAUGCAAGUGGUACUUAUCAAGUUAUUGUACGUAAUCAACAUGGUGAAGAUCGACAAGAAUUAUAUAUUAAUGUUGAACCACGACGUGGUCGAGGACGUGUACCACAAUCAGGUGCACCACAAAUUCGUAUUCAACAAGAUCAAUAUCAAGUUGGUUACGGUGAAACAAUCGAUAUUGCACCUACCAUUCAUGGAGAAAGUGGAGCAACAAUAACUUGGUCAAAAGAUGGUACUCCAUAUUUACCUGAAGGUGUAACUGCACGUAGUGAUGGAGCAUUACGUAUUGAAGGUCGAUCAAGCGAUAUUGGUGGACGAUAUACUCUUGAUGUUGUAAAUCCAUAUGGUCGUGUCUCAUCAACAAUUAAUGUUCAAUGGAAAGAAGCAUCUGGACAACAUGGUAGUUAUGGUGCUUCUCAUGAUGAUGCUUCACGUAGUUAUAUUGAUGUACGUCUUGAAUCACGUGAUGAACAAAGUCAUCAAAUUGGACGUGAUAUACAUUUACAAUGUUCAGUUUAUGGAAGUAUUGAACAACCAUAUGAAUAUACAUAUACAAAAGAUGGUCGAUCAUUAGAAAAUAAUGUUGAAGUACAUCCAAGUGGUUUGAUAAUUAUUCGUAAUGCUCAAGCAAAUGAUGCUGGACGUUAUCGAUGUGAAGUUAGUUUUCCACGUGCACCUGAAGUUGGUCCACGAGAAGCUAGUUAUGAUCUUCGAAUUGAAGGUGGAUCUGCUGGUUCAGCUGCAAGUUAUGAUCAUGGUGGUGAACAGCAACAACAAGGUGAUUUUGUUGAAGUAACUGUUGAACCAACUGAAGUAACACUCGGACGUGGUGAGAAAGCCAAUAUAACAUGCCAUAUCAAAGGUGCUCAACAAUAUACUGUUACAUGGGGUAAAUAUGCACAUGAUACAAGUUUACCCAACUAUGCUAAUCAACAAGGAAAUAGUGUUAUAAUAGCUCCAACUGCUGAUACACCUGCUGAACAAAUGUAUUUUCAAUGUUCAGUUGAAGUACCUGGUCAAAAUCGAGCACAUCUUGCUUAUGCACCAGUUUCUAUUCGUGCUGGUGAUAAUUUACAUAAGAAGAAAAAGAAAAGACGUUCAUCUUAG